UCAAGCAGCAAUACGGUUCAUGGGAAGCUGUCCCACUUUGCAAUGAUAUGGUAGAGCACAUACAUAUCCAGGUUCAGAAAGAGGCAUUGAAAUACCAAAACCAAAGACUGUUCUUACGCACUCUGAGGAAGCUCAACGAUGAGCCGGACAUCAUGGCCAAAUUCUUAGAAGACGUCUCACUCUCUAUCAGGAGCAAUUACCUCAGGACUUUCCAUGAGUGGCCAAUGGUUAAAGCCCAGCUAUACCCAGAAAUACAGCCUCUGCUGGUCUGCGAUAUCAUGGUCAGAGAGAUAAUGGCUCACCUGAGGCCUACCUUGACCUUCGCCAAGGACACCAAGAAGGGUGAUGACCGGCCAUACUGCAUCAACAUCCCGGUCAAGAGAGAGACCAGAACCCCUGUUGAUACAGAAAAGACCAAGCUGGAGCUUUGCAUUGAGAAAGCCAGCGCUGACAGAAUGAAGGAACUCCUCACCCCACUUGAGAAGGAACCCUUCUGGAAGACGGGAUGGAUGGCAAUGAUGGAGGAGGAAUAUAAUAAAAAGAAGAAGGAGAAGAAGAAGGGUUGCGGCUGGUUCUGGGAUUUGUUUGGCCGUAAGAAAAAAAACUGCGAAAGAAUUGUGGAUGGAGGAUUGUUGCAGGCGCGAAUACUAGAAAUCACAUCCACACAAACCAAGUGUAUGGACGCACACACAUUUACACAGAGACAGACAUAACAACAAGGCCUACCUCAGAUCCCAAAAAGACAUUGUAUGUUGCCUGUCUAAUACUGUCUUAUUUUCCAUUUUGGGAUACAGGAUGUGUAUUUAUAGCUUACCAGAGACUGUUUUGGCACCAAACAAUUUUCUCUCUGAACUUUUAUUUGAAAAAUAAACACUUUAUUUGAA